AUGGCAACCUUUGAAAAAAUAACUAGUGAUCAUGAAGAGAUGAUCAGGAUGUUAAAGGAUGCUAACAAGAGACUUGAAUGGGAAAUAGCUAACUCUUCAGAAAUUAGUCCUGAAACAAAAGAAAAGUUCACCAACAUAAACUUAUUUGCAAUUCAACCAAUUGUGUUGAUACCAUAUUCACCAAAAAAUGAUAAAAGUGUAGAUGAUUUUAUUAUAACCUUACUAAUAUUUAGGAAAGCUGUUGAUGAUUCUGCUAGAGUAAUUUCUGAUAUUGAUAAAGAAAUACGAAGCC